AUGAUUAUCUACACUGACAUCGUUUCCGGUGACGAGAUCGUCGCCGAUACCUUCAAGCUUGUUCCCAACAAGGAUUUCGAUAUCCUUUGGGAGUGUGACUGCCGCAAGUAUAUGAAGCGUGCCGGCGAAGACUUCCAGCUCGAGGGUGCCAACCCUUCCGCCGAGGAGGGGGGCGACGACGAUGAAGGUGGCGAAGGUGAGACCACCAUGGUCCACGAUAUCGAGGACCAGUUCCGUCUGGUCUGGCUCAAGGCUGAGGAGGGCGCGAAGCCCUCUAAGGAGAGCUACAAGACCCACAUCAAGUCUUACCUUAAGAAGCUCCACAAGAAUGCCGCCCCCAAGUUCGCUGCGGCCGGAGGCCCUGAGGAGGUUAAGGCGGCCGAGGAAGCAUGGAAGAAGAAGGCCGCCGGCGCUAUGAAGAUGAUCCUUGCCAACUGGGACAACUACGAUGUUCUCAUGGGCCAGUCCACUGACGGCGAGGCCAUGCACGUCCUGAUUGACUUCCGCGAGGAUGGUGUCACCCCCUACGCCACCGUCUGGGCUGACGGUCUCAAGGAGGUCAAGGUCUAA